UCUAACAUGGCAUGACUCAACACAUUUGAACUCAUUCUGCUUGUAAUUAACUGAUAACCCAGCCAACAUGAACAUAAGAAGCUAUAGAGUCAAUCUUGCUUUUUGACUUUCACUUUUAUACUGUAUUGAUGCAACAUUUAAGCCAAAGUAAUCAGAUUGUGAUCCUCUAACAUGACUAUCCAAACAUAACUCUGACCCAAAUGGGCCCGAGAAACCUUUUCAAAAGGUAACACUCCUGUGCAAAGAAUGUGGAAGGGCGAGUUUGCUGGUCACAUGACGGUUAGGGGCUAGAAGAGAGAGAGAAAAAACCCUCAGAGUUUCACUUGUGUGUGUGUGUGUGUGUGCCAGUGUGGUUAGCAGCGUGCAGCUCUGUCAAGCCGCCUUUAGUCUCUUCUGCUUUACAUGCUGUUUGAAAAAUAAACACCACAGCUACGUUUGCUUAUCAGGGCUCGAGUCAUCUGCUCUCUUGUACAUGCAAAACAGACCGUGGAGGGUACAGUAGCUUUAGCUUUUCUGUUCAUUAGUAGAGGUCAUAGCUGUUCUUGUCAGUAGAGGAAUACGGCACUGUACGUUCUUGGAUCUAUAAGAAGAAACAAAGAACUCCUCGCCUGUUCAUCAGAAGUCAAAGCUUUUAGUUCUAGAGGACCCUGUUCUGGAGGAAUAGGAAUACGACACAUUAUUGGAUCUAAGAGGAACAAGUUCUUGGAUCUAAAACGAAGAACAAGUUCUUGGAUUUAUAUUCAAGAGGAACAAAGGAACUCUGAUCUUGUCGUGAUGGGCCAACACUUCAACAAGAACCAGAAGCCGGCCCAGGUGCUCCUCAUGGGUCUGGACUCGGCGGGCAAGUCCACGCUGCUGUUCCGCCUCCAGCAGGGCGUCACCAUGGAGACCUCUCCCACGGUGGGCUUCAACGUGGGCACGCUGGAGCUGGACAAGCGCACGUCGCUGACCGUGUGGGACGUGGGCGGCCAGCGCACCAUGCGGCCCAACUGGAAGUACUACCUGGAGGGCAGCAAGGCGCUGGUGUUCGUGGUGGACAGUACGGACCGUUCGCGCAUGGCCGAGGCCCAGAAAGCGCUGAAGAGGAUCCUGAGCGACGAGAACAUGAAGGGUGUGCCGCUGAUGGUGCUGGCUAACAAGAAGGACCUGCCCAACUCCAUGACCAUCCGGGAGGUGUCCAACCAGCUGGAGCUGCCCAGCUACACGGACCAGCGCUCCUGGGAGAUACAGGGGUGCAGCGCACUGCAGGGACUCGGCCUACAGCAGGCCUUCCUCUCUGUUGCUAAACUCAUCAGGAAACAUUAAUCUCAUCAGGAAUAACCAAACUCACUAAACUCAUCAGGGAAAAAUAAAGACAUCUGGAAAAACUAAAGAUAUC